AAAAAAAAAAAAAAAAAAAAUCAUGCGAUUGGUAAAUCAAGUACUAUAGCCAUAGAAAGCCUAGGGUGUAAAUCUUAUGCUCUGUCUCUCGAAUAUUAUUUCUUUGUAUUACAUGUACAUUCAUUAUGUAUGAUUUAAUAUAGUCCUUAAAGUUAAUUUCGGAUCUAUAUACCAUGACAUCAAAAUAAGAGCACCACUGCAGGUUCUGUAUUUACGUUCCAAUGAUUUUCGAAGUUGAGGAGAAAGGAAGAAGUAGUAGUUAGUUUGCAGUUAGUUAAUAGCGGAACUCGAUCGAGCUCCAUGGAUCGCCCAUGACAUCGAAGGAGACGUCGACGACGAAGAGGCUAUGGUGGGUUCCCGGGCCGCUGAUCAUCGGCGCGGGGCCGUCGGGACUGGCGACCGCCGCUUGCCUGAAGGAUAGAGGCGUCCCCUACCUCGUGCUCGAGAAGGACUGCUGCAUCGCCGCGUCGUGGAAGCUGCGCACCUACGAGCGGCUCAAGCUGCACCUCCCGAAGCACUUCUGCGAGCUCCCGCUCAUGCCGUUCCCGCAGCACUUCCCCACGUACCCAACGAAGCAGCAGUUCAUCAGCUACCUCGAGUGCUACGCGAAGCGCUUCGCCGUCGAGCCGCUGUUCGGCGCGAGGGUCGACCGCGCGGAGCGCGACGCCUCGCUCGGGCUCUGGCGGGUGCGCGCGGGGGAGUCGGAAUUCAUCUCCCGGUGGCUCGUGGUGGCGACGGGGGAGAAUGCGGAGGCGGUGACGCCGGAGAUCGGCGGCGUCGCGGAGUUCCGGGGGAGAGUCAUGCACACGAGCUGUUAUAGGAAGGGGGAUGAUUUCACCGGGGAGAAGGUUUUGGUUGUGGGCUGUGGGAACUCUGGGAUGGAGGUGAGCUUGGAUCUAUGUAACAAUGGUGCUCAUCCCUCUAUGGUUGUUAGAGACAAGUUGCACGUGCUACCGAGAGAGAUAUUUGGGAUCUCCACAUUUGGGCUCUCAGUGUGGCUACUGAAAUGGCUCCCAACGAGAUAUGUUGAUUGGUUCCUCCUCUUAUGCGCGAGAAUAACACUUGGGGACACGGAGAAAUACGGGCUCAAAAGGCCAAAGGUUGGGCCCCUGCAGCUCAAGAGCACAACUGGGAAGACCCCUGUGCUUGAUGUUGGGACUCUUGCAAAGAUCAAAAGCGGGCACAUCAAGGUGGUCCCGAACAUAAACCGGUUUACGGAUAAAGGCGUGGAGUUUGUGGAUGGCAGGAAAGAAGAGUUCAACUCUGUUAUUCUAGCUACUGGGUAUAAAAGCAAUGUGCCAUCCUGGCUCAAGGAUGAAGAAUUCUUCAACAAGAACGACGGUUUCCCGAAGACGCGAUUCCCGAACAGUUGGAAAGGCGAGAACGGGCUUUAUGCCACCGGUUUCACGCAAAGAGGGCUCAUGGGGGCAUCCAUUGAUGCACGCAAAAUAGCUGAGGACAUUGCCACCCAGUGGAAUUCGAAACCGAAGCAUCUUCCUUGUGGAUUACUGUAGAUUAAUAUUAUUAGGGAUAAAAAUAACUUGUCCUUAAUUUCGUUUGAAAAGUUAAUUAGAUAUAAUUAAAGCUUUUAACUUCACACUCUAAUAAAGGAGAAGUUAAAGCAUUCUUGUCAUCUUG